UGCACUCCUUUGUUGGGCUGAUCUGAAAAAGCUUUGUUUAAACAAUUGGAUCCUGAAAUAAAAUCCUUCUCGACUGAUAUCAAAAAGCUUGUUUAAGGCAAUUGGGCCCUGAAAUGAAAUUGGAUUUGGUGAAAUUUAAAGCUGGACCAAUUCUACCCAACCCUACCCACAUUCACUUUCUCCUUGGUCUUAAAACCCUGCAAAACCCUAACUCCCGAAUCCCAUUCAAAGGAAACAAGAAGAAGAAGAAGAAAAAUGGGAAAAAUUCCACCUUCAUUUCGUCCAGCAAUCUCAAAUUCUCUCAUUAGAAAGCUGCCUUUAGAACCCCCAAUCGCGAUUCCCCAUCAGCUUCCCAACAAAAUCACCAAGAAAAAACCACCCCAACAUUCUAAGAAAGCCCAAGCUUCCCCGGUAUCCCGCAAAACCGAAUCCCUAUUUAAAUCCCCUGACCUCUUAUCGGCCAAGAAAGUUUUCAACUCCAUCGUUGCCUCAUCGAAGUCGCCACUUGAUCUUCGCUUCCACAACACUCUUUUACAAUCCUAUGCCUCAAUCUCCAUCCUCAAUGACUCCAUCUCUCUUCUUUACCACAUGAUCACAACCCACCCUUCGUUUUCCCCUGACCGAUCAACUUACCAUAUCUUGCUCUCUCAAUCUUGCAAAGCACCUGAUUCCUCCCUCUCCCCUGUUCACCAAACCCUCAAUCUGAUGGUCACUAAUGGGCUCAAACCCAAUCAGGUCACCACUGAUAUUGCUAUCCGAUCGCUUUGCGAAGCAGGACGCAUUGAUCAUGCUGUAGAAUUGGUAAAAGAACUUUCUUUAAAGCACUCUCCGCCUGAUAGUUUUACGUUCAACUUUCUUGUUAAGAAUUUAUGCAAGUGUAGAACUUUGAGUACGGUUUACGGUUUUAUUGAUGAUAUGAAGACUUCUUUUGGUAUAAAGCCUGAUCUUGUUACAUAUACUAUAUUGAUCGAUAAUGUUUGUAAUUCAAAGAACUUACGUGAGGCAAUGAGAUUGGUUGGUGUGCUUCAUGAGUCAGGGUUUAAGCCGGAUUGUUUUGUUUAUAAUACCAUUAUGAAAGGCUAUUGUAUGUUGAGUAAAGGAAGUGAGGCAAUUGAGGUUUAUAAGAAAAUGAAAGAGGAAUGUGUUGAGCCUGAUCUUGUGACUUAUAAUACUUUGAUUUUUGGGUUGUCAAAAUCUGGGAGAGUUAAAGAAGCUAGAAAGUAUUUAGAUAUUAUGGUUGAAUCGGGCCAUUUUCCAGAUGCUGUCACAUAUACAUCUUUAAUGAAUGGAAUGUGUAGAGAAGGGAAUGCAUUGGGUGCAGUGGUUUUGUUGGGUGAGAUGGAAAGAAAGGGAUGUAGCCCGAAUUCAUGCACUUAUAAUACGCUGCUUCAUGGGUUGUGCAAGUGUAGAUUGAUGGAGAAAGCAAUGGAGUUAUAUGGGGCAAUGAAGUCCGCUGGUGUGAAGCUUGAGACUGCUUCUUAUGCUACUCUUGUAAGAGCACUUUGUAGGGAGGGCAGGGUUGCAGAGGCAUAUGAAGUGUUUGAUUAUGCUGUUGAUAGUAAGAGUCUGACUGAUGUUGCUGCUUACUCGACAUUGGAGGUUACCCUUAAGUGGCUGAAAAAAGCUAGGGAACAAGGGCUCGCACUCUAACUAGUAGAAAAUAGUUUAGGAGGAACUGGGUAGACCACCAAAAAGGUUGCUGGCAUCGAGAUUUAAACUUAGAAUAGUUAUUUGAACCUUAUUAACUCAAUUAAUCCUAAGUUGGCAAUGUAACUGAAUUUUCAGCUGAGAAUAUAGUAGCAUCUAAGUUCCUCUAAUUUCAUGGUCAUUAUUUUUGUUUUUGUUUUUCUGGUUCUCGGUGCAUGGACACGGAAAUAUGUAAUUCGUUUUCCAUGUUAUUAAAUGCUGUGUUCCUUCAUUGGGAGGUUGAACGUGUAUGCUUUUAUCUUAUUAUCGAUCAUAUGAACCACAAUCAUGCAUUAACAAGCAAUUAUUAUGUCGAAGCUUAUAGUUUAUCUUUUGAGCGGCCUGUACGUACCACCAGUCACAUUUAUUUAAAUAUUUGUAAUCUCGAUCAUGAAAACAUAGUCACGGAAUUAAAUUUAAAACAAAAAUGACCUGUAAAAUUAUGGUACGACAACUGCGGACAUGGUGGAUUUAGUACCUAAAGAAUUUGGGCACCCUUUAAUCUUCAUUUGCAGAUGGCGAUCUUGUACGUUGGCCAUACGUUAAAAUGGUGUCCAUCUACACCAAAAUUUCGACAACAAAAUUCAUGGUAGAUUGAUGUACUCUGCUACUGAAUGCAUGUAGGGAAGACGGAAGAAUUUGAUGCAGAUACACCAAAACUUUUGUUUAACUAAAUUAUUGAACAAGGCGAAAAUGGUUUUGUUUUUAUAUUUGAUGUUGUCAAAAUUUGAAUCUUAAUUACUUAAUUUAAAAAUUC